AUGUGUCUUGAUAUCAUUCAUACAAUUAUAUCAUCGAUCGCGCUUCUAAUAUCGCUGGCGAGUGUGGUGCGUAUGUCAGUGUCAGACGUGCUGUUCAACUCGGAACCUUUGCUGGCCGUGAACAUGGUCUUCGGACUUGUGACGGUGUGCAUCUCUCUCUACCAGAUCCUGGUGGCUUCGCUGCUGCUCUGGCAGGCGUUGAAGACAAAAGGCAACAUCUUCCUCUGCUCGUUGUGGUACGUGUCCCACCUGUCGAUCCUGACACUAUACUUCAUAAUAUUCUGCGCGCGCGCCGCCGUCUGCUUCAAGGAACGCCGGUACUUAGCUGGUACUGCGACGGUCGUUGUAGGCGUUAUUUAUGAAGAUAACAACGUACGAAAAGAUAAAGCUUUUGAAUUGCCACACCUGUUUAUUGUUUUAGACACCACGCAACGCGCCAUUUGGUGUUCUUUGUCCGAUUUAGAACAGCUUCAAACUAACACGUGCUCGAAGUGCGGCGUGCGUCGCAAGUGUCUGAAGUGGUUCACCGUGCACAAGUUUCCGCAAGUUCUCGUGCUGCAUCUGAAACGGUUCUCCCCAACCGAGCGCUUCCGCGGCAAACUGAACGUGCUCGUGGAGUUCCCGCUGACGGGGCUGGACAUGGCGCCCUACGCCGCCGUGCGCGCGCAGCCCGUCUACAACCUCUACGCCGUCAGCAACCACUCAGGCACGACAUACUCCGGCCACUACACAGCGUACUGCAAGCAUCCGUACACCGGCGACUGGCACGAGUAUAACGACUCCAGAGUAACACCGAUCAACCAGCGCAACGUGGUGUCGUCCGAGGCGUACGUGCUAUUCUACGAGCUGGCGCGGAACAGCGCGUAGCGAACGUGUUGCGCUCCAGCCCUCGAAUGGUCGAGUCUAAGUCACUUCGUUAAACUCUCAUAGUCUACUUGACAUUGUUUUUAAAUUCUUGUACAGCCUUCUCAAG